CACGUAACUAGCUAGUAGUAGUAUCGUACCAGCGCUCACUACUAGCACUAGGUAGGCCUCUUGGGGGAGACUGCCGCUAGCUGCGAACAAGGUAAUGCGGCCUUUGGCUUAGAAUAUAUUGUAAAGCUUCACAGUACCUCAUCGCACUUGCUGGUGAACCCGUCAUCUUGCAGGAUGCCCGACACCUCGACCAAUUUACCCCCGUUUCUAGACUCUCUGGCGCCAGAUUCCAGCGUUCCAUAUACGAAUGCUCUGUUUCCUGCCAGUAACGAUAUACCACCUGUACAUGUGCAUUGGUGGCCGUGUAAACAAGCAGGCGUGUCACCCUCCACGAUAUUACUCUUUAUACCGGGAAACCCUGGGAUCAUUGACUUCUAUCAUCCAUUUCUAACCGCAAUACACAACAAGGACCAGUCUGGCACACUGGCGAUACUUUCGCAUUCACACAUCGGGCAUGACCCUGCGGUCAAGGAUUCUGCACCAGCUCGCAGCACUUCAUUCAGUCAUGCGUUGCCGUUCCAGAUCCAGAAUUCCCUUCGGGUUUUCGACGCGUUGAGGACAUUUUUUGGUGCCAAUACACGUAUUGUGGUAGCUGGCCACAGCGUUGGUUCGUGGGUAGCUCUACAGGUCUUGAAACUGCGAUCCGCUGCCGUUUCUGGAGUCUUCUUCCUUUUCCCAACUCUCACCAAUAUUGCUUAUACACCGAAUGGUCGACUGUUGUCGCGACUAUUUCGGCCUCCCUUUCCGCGCAUUACCUCACAGAUCGCUCGAGUAUUGUGUCUUGUGCCACUGACCAUCCUUUGUCGGUUGUUUCCACAAUACUCAAUCCCCCAAGCCCAGGUUCUUAGGUCAUUUCUGUUAUCUCCUUCUUCAAUCUUUGCUGCGAUGACGAUGGCACACGAUGAAAUGCUCAACAUUCGAGAACUUGAUGCUGCCACUUUGGACAAACACCGACACCAAAUUUGGUUUUACUUCGCAGAGAAGGAUGAUUGGGUUGACCAAGGAAGAGAAACGAUUCUCCAGGUCUUCAGGGCAGACUCGAGCACUGUGAAAGUCGUGCACGGGCACCGCGAUAUCCCACAUGCAUUCUGCAUCAACCAUAGUGAAGAACUAGCAGCGCAGUGCUAUGCGUGGCUCAUUUCUGGGGGAUUCAUAUGAGAUUAAAUAGAUUAUCAUGUUUGCCCUUAACCGCAACCUAUAUAAUACACUGUUUUCUUCACUUC